ACCCUGGUGGUGUCUUAAGGCAAUGGAUCUAACAAAUCACUCCAUAGUAUCAGAGUUUGUAUUCCUGGGAUUCACCAAUUCAUGGGAUAUCCAGCUCCUCCUUUUUGUCUUCUCCUUUUUGUUCUACUCUGCAAGCAUGAUGGGAAACCUUGUCAUUGUGUUCACUGUAACCUUUGAUUCUCAUCUGCACUCGCCCAUGUAUUUCCUCCUGGCUAACCUCUCAGUCAUUGAUAUGGUGUUUUGCUCAGUCACAGCCCCUAAAAUGAUUUGUGAUAUUUUUAAGAAGCACAAAGCCAUCUCCUUUUGUGGAUGUAUUACCCAGAUCUUCUUUAGCCAUGCUGUUGGGGGCACUGAGAUGGUGCUGCUCAUUGCUAUGGCCUUUGACAGAUAUGUGGCUAUAUGCAAGCCUCUCCACUACCUGACCAUCAUGAGUCCCAGAAUGUGUCUAUGUUUUUCAGUCACUUCCUGGAUCAUUGGCCUUAUCCAUUCAUUGGUUCAAUUAGUUUUUGUAAUAGAUUUGCCUUUUUGUGGCCCUAAUAUAUUAGAUAGUUUUUACUGUGACCUUCCACGACUCCUCAGACUUGCCUGCACAAACACCCAAGAACUGGAGUUCAUGGUAACUGUCAAUAGUGGGCUCAUUUCUGUGGGCUCCUUUGUCUUGCUGGUCAUAUCCUACAUCUUCAUUCUAUUCACUGUUUGGAAACAUGCUUCUGGUGCUUCAUCCAAGGCCCUUUCCACUUUGUCAGCUCAUAUCACUGUGGUGGUUUUGUUCUUUGGGCCACUGAUGUUUUUCUACACAUGGCCUUCUCCCACAUCACACCUGGAUAAAUUUCUUGCUAUUUUUGAUGCAUUUAUCACUCCUUUUUUGAAUCCAGUGAUUUAUACAUUCAGGAACAAAGAGAUGAAAGUGGCAAUGAGGAGAUUGUGCAGCCGUCUUGUUCAUUACAGGAAUAUUUCCUAAGUGAGUGGCUAUGAA